ACAACAACAACAGAGACAUGCCUGUGAACUGCUCGGAGAACAACCGGACCGUCUCAGUGUUCACCUCCAAGCUGGCUCCUGCUGCUGACAUCUGUGUUGGACUUGCUAUCCUCAUGGUUGUUCUGCUCUCUACUCUGGGCAAUGGCCUGGUGCUGAUGGUCUCGUAUCGGAAGAGGAAGAAGUUGGUGGGCUCUGAACUGCUGUGUGUCAACCUGGCCAUUGUCGACUUCCUCGGCUGCAUCUGCUUCUACCCGCUCUCCAUCCUGUCCUCUUUCAACCACGCCUGGCUGGGACACAACGUCACCUGUGUUUACUACGGCCUGGGCUGCUUCAUCUUCGGCCUCUGUGGCAUGUUCACUAUCGCUGCCAUCAGCGUCAUCCGCUACCUGAAGACCUGCUACAGCUUGGUUUAUGCUGUGUGGCUGGAGGGAGCUAACAUCCGGCUGGUGUGCGGUGCCACGUGGAUCAUUGCGACAGUGUGGUCCUCCUUCCCCCUGUUCGGCUGGGGGGAAUAUGUGCCGGAGCCCUACGGCUUGUCCUGCACCAUCGCCUGGAGAGGCUAUCACACCUCAGUCAAAGACGCCGUCUAUGUCAUCUGCUCUUUUGCCUGCUUCACACUGAUCCCCGUCCUGCUCAUUGUGGUGUCCCAGUGCCAGAUCCUGUACAAGGUCUACCGCUUCUCCUACUCUCUGUCCGCCAGAGGCAUCCAGAACAACCUGCGGCAGGCUGAGAAGCGUCUCACUGUGAUGUUUUUUUGCAUCAGCCUGGGCUUUGUGAUUGCCUGGGCCCCUUAUGCUGUAGUCUCCUUCCUCUUCAUCUUCCAUAAGGACAACUGGAACAUGGCCCCCGAGGGCUUUGUUUUCCCCGCCCUGUUUGCCAAAAGCUCACACAUCUACAACCCCUUCAUCUACUUCUACUUUAAAAAGGCCUUUCGGCAGGAGCUGCGCUGCCUGCUUCGCUCCCUUUGCCCUCGGCUGGUGGGACACCGGGUCGGGGUCCAGUCCGCCACGGUCCACCAAGCCCCCCAUCCCAUCCACAUUCAGCUCCAGGAACAGGGCUUCAUUCAAAGGAAAGGCUUUUGCUUGUCGCAGGAAAAAACACAGAGCAAGACGAGGCACACGGGAAGCAACCACUUCCACGGCAGGACAGCUUACUCCUGCUGGGGGUCCAAACUCAGGGUGACGCCCUCCACUGUAGACCACAGGCCUGCCAGAGAGUUCCUGCCUGUCUCUGUGUGA